UAUCUCUAAAGGGAAAUUUUCUCUGAAUAUAGAGAAAGAAUGGCAUACAAUCUGAACUAUUCUAUUGCAGAAAUGUUACUAUGUUUUUUGUUCAUCUUACUUGGUUUGCCAUCUAAGUCUGCAUUUCUUUGUGAAGAUUCCAGUGAUUGCCAGAGUCUGCUCAGGUUCAAGGAGGAGAUAGCAAGUGAUCCCAGAGGUCAUCUUCAAACUUGGAAUGAAGCCAAUCCCUUCUGCAACUGGACUGGAAUUACGUGCCACCAACGUCUCCAGGACAGAGUUAUAGGUAUUGAACUCAUAGAUCUGGGGUUGCAAGGAAGAAUAUCGCCAUUCAUAUCCAACCUCUCUCUACUUGCCAACCUGUCUUUGCAGAUCAAUGGGUUUCAUGGACAUAUUCCAUCUUCUUUGGGAAAACUUGCAGAGUUAGCAUUUCUAAAUUUAAGCUCAAACAAGCUUGAAGGUAACAUUCCAGGUUCAUUACAUGGUUGCCAAACCUUGAAAGUUGUAGACUUGACUUACAACAAUCUAUCUGGUGUCCUUCCUCAAGAACUCGGCUGGAUGAAGAAUUUGACAUACUUGGCUCUCUCUGAAAACAGUCUCCGUGGAGUGCUUCCAGCCACUCUUUCAAACUUGACAGAAUUGACACAACUUGAACUGGCUGCCAACUAUUUUAGUGGAAAGAUCCCACCAGAUCUUGGAACAUUGGGAAAGCUAGAGAUUUUGUAUCUCCAUCUGAACUAUCUUGAAGGCUCAAUACCUGCAGGAAUUGGUAACUGCACUGCCUUACGUGAAAUUUCGCUGAUUGAAAAUCUGCUAACUGGAGAAAUCCCUUCUGAAUUGUUUGAACUCAAGAAUAUGCAGAAAAUGUACCUGUCAAGAAACAAGCUUUCUGGGAAAAUUCCAGUGAACCUCUCCAAUCUUUCACAGCUGAUUCUGUUUGAUGUUAGUUUGAAUAAUUUAGAGGGCGUAGUUCCUGCAGGUUUGGGCAUGUUAAAGAAUCUUGAGAAUUUCUACUUGCAUUCCAACAGCUUGGGUGGUGGCUCUGGAAAUUCUUCUCUCAGCUUCUUAACGGCUCUAACUAACUGUUCCUAUCUGCAAAAACUACACUUGGGUUCGUGUUUGUUCGCUGGAAAUCUACCAUCUUCUUUAGGUGACCUUUCAAAAGACCUCUAUUACUUGAAUCUUAUUGAUAACCACAUUACUGGGAGUAUACCGGAUAGUAUCGGUAACUUAAGUGGGCUGGUAACGUUGUACUUGUCAUACAAUCGUUUGGAAGGACAAAUUCCAUCUUCUCUUGGAAAGCUUUUGAAUUUGCAGAGGUUAUACUUGGGCAACAACAGAAUUAUUGGGCCAAUUCCGGAUGACUUGGGGAUGCUGUCUAACCUUGGUAUACUGGAAUCGGACAAUAAUUCAAUUGGGGGGCCAAUUCCGCCUUCACUUGGUAAUCUCUCACAGCUGAGAUAUCUUUACCUGUCUAGUAAUCGCCUAUCAGGGAAGUUUCCAACUGAGCUUACCCAGUGUUCUCUUAUGAUGUUGCUUGAUCUAUCCUUCAACAAAUUACAAGGCUUGAUUCCUGUACAGAUUGCCGUUUUUUCAAACCUAGCUCUCUCUCUUAAUCUUUCGAACAAUAACUUCGAAGGACAGUUGCCUGCAAGUAUUGGAAAGCUGGUAUCUGUACAGGCAAUUGACUUGUCUGAGAACAAGUUUUCUGGUUCAAUACCUGCCUUGAUUGGAAGCUGCAUUUCUUUGGCAUAUCUAAACAUGUCCAACAAUAUGUUUGAAGGUACUAUUCCAGAAUCAUUGAAUUCAAUCACUCAUCUUGAAGUUUUGGAUUUGGCUCGUAAUGAAUUGAAUGGCACCAUUCCAAUUUGGAUUGCUGAAAACCAGAUGAUCAGAAAUAUCAAUUUAUCCUAUAAUAGGCUAUCAGGAGAAGUUCCAGAUACCGGAAGGAUGCAUAUUUUUAAUAGAAGCUCAUUGCAGGGGAAUGUGGGGUUGUGUGGUGGUUCUGCAGUACUUGGUCUUCCGCCAUGCAAAGUUCCAAAGAGAAAACAUAACAUAAGAAAGUUGUUACUUUUCUCAUUUGUUACAGCGGUUGCAUUAGUCUGUGUCCUGGUUGUAGUCUUUGUUUAUUGUUUCUUCUUCUUCAGAAAAAGGGAUUCAAAACCAGAAGACAGAACGGUAAUAGUAUUGGGAUCCCCAAGCCAAAAUGGAAGGCGCACUUUCACCCAAAGGGAACUUGAAAUUGCAACAGGUGAGUUCAGUGAGGUUCAUCUCCUGGGUAGAGGAGCCUUUGGCUCAGUCUAUAAAGCAAUUGUUGAUGAUGGGAAAACUAUUAUGGCAGUGAAGGUUCUGCAUGGUGACAGUAUUCAGAGUUACAAAAGCUUUAAGAGGGAAUGUCGAAUCAUGUCUGAGAUUAGGCACCGGAAUCUUGUUAGAUUGCUAGGAUAUAACUGGAACACACAGUUCAAGGCUCUUAUUCUUGAAUACAUUGCAAAUGGUAACUUGGCAGAGCAUCUUUAUCCUGGUGGACUAGAGGAAGGAACAUGUGAACUAUCUUUGAGGGAAAGAUUGUCAAUAGCCAUAGAUGUUGCCAAUGGGUUGGACUAUCUUCAAGAGGGUUGUCAAGUCCAAAUUCUACAUUGUGACUUGAAACCAGAGAAUGUGCUCAUUGGCAAGGAUAUGGUAGCUCAUGUAGCAGAUUUUGGGAUUGGAAAGCUCAUAUCACCCGAGAAACCCAACGAACUACAUGUUAGCACAACGCAUUUUCUACGAGGAUCGAUUGGAUAUAUUCCCCCAGAAUAUGCGCAAGGCAAUGAGGUGUCAGCUAAAGGUGACGUCUAUAGCUUUGGUGUGAUGGUGCUCGAGUUGAUAACAAGAAAAAGACCGACAAGCAAUAUGAUUCCAGGUGGGGUUAAUCUAAGGAAGUGGGUUCUUUCUUCGUACCCAGAUCAUGUGUUGGAUGUCGUUGACAGCACACUAAAGGAGAUUAAAAGUAUAAAUGGUGCUUUGGAAGAGCUUGAGAGAUGCUGCGUUCAAAUGCUUGGUAUAGGGUUAAUGUGCACAUCAGAUACUCCACAGAAAAGACCAUCCAUGUCUUCUGUUGUGCAGAUGUUAACAGAUAUCUAGAAAUCUCCUAGUUCAAGUGAGAAUGGGAGAGAUGGUGAAACUUCUAAAUCCACAAAUGUAGGAAUGAAGUCUUCAAAUUCUGGUGUAUUACCGAGUUUAUGUUUUAACUAUCGUCAGCAUUGAUUUCUUCUCAUAUGUAGAGAAAGGGAGAAU